AUUGCCCCACGGAGAUCUUGGCUUCAUCGCCCGACCCUGUCUCAACUACCGCUGCAAGGGUUCCAGCAAGAGGGUCGGUCUUGUUGCUUACAAGAUUCUAGCGUUAGAAUGGGCCAAAGCAGACUGCGACACGGGUUAGGCCCAAGUGUCGGGAUCUUUGCGAGGCAAGAUCGCCGGCGAGGAGAGCAUAUCCACUUCAUACAAUGUGCUCCCAACUCGUCGUCGGUGUUUUGGUUUGACUGCUUGCUUUUCCCUCCCCCAGAUAUCAUUGCUUCCCAGUUGAUCCCCUCAUACCCCAUCAUCUCACGAUGA